UGAAAACGGUAUAACGUUGCGCCCAGUCGCUCGUUUCCGUCUUCCCCAGUGCCUGUCAGCCAUUGUGUAGCUCCUCUGUUCGCCGGGUCCUUUGGGUUUGAUUGGCGAGAGGCUACCAUCGUCGUUUUCUAAGUGUGUGUGUAUAGAGAAGGGUAUAUAUAUAUUUAUAUAUAUAUAUAUACACGAGUUAUUACAUACAUACACGUACGCGUAGUUAAUAGACGGGCAGACAGAACGACGAGUAGAUCGGUUCGCGUUUUUAACGAAACUGAUCUCUAGCGAAAAUGUAUAGCAACGGAUAUCCCAAUCAAACUUCUUACAGACCCAGGGGGAACAGGGAAUAUGGCAACAGGAACGGCGGUGGCGGUGGAACGUACUGGAACAGUCAACAACAAAAUCAGAAUGACUACGCCAUGAAAAAGCAAAAUCAAAAGAAAUGUCCUGGCGAUCAGUUGAAAAAACCAAAUUGGGAGACGCCUCUGAUGCCUGCAAUAACAAAAAACUUGUACGUUCCGCACGCCAACGUUAGAGGAAGAACUCCAGACGAGGUGACCCAAUACCAUGCUGGCAAAGAAAUUACCGUCAAGGGAAACAACACUCCUUUCCCUAUACAAGCCUUUGAAGAAAGCAAUUUCCCUGAGUACGUCAUGCAGGAAAUUAGAAAACAAGGAUUUCAAGAACCCACCGCUAUUCAGGCUCAAGGAUGGCCCAUUGCUCUCAGUGGCCGUGACAUGGUCGGCAUUGCCCAAACUGGAUCUGGAAAAACUCUUGCUUACAUUCUACCAGCAACGGUGCACAUAAACAACCAACCGCGUCUGAAUCGCGGUGACGGUCCGAUCGUGUUAGUAUUGGCACCAACGAGGGAAUUGGCUCAGCAGAUCCAGACGGUGGCGAGGGAUUUCGGUUCGUCGUCGAGGAUCCGUAACACAUGUAUAUUCGGAGGAUCGCCGAAGGGUCCGCAGGCACGUGACCUGGAGCACGGAGUGGAAAUUUGUAUAGCAACACCGGGACGUCUGAUAGAUUUUCUGGAGAAGGGAACGACGAAUUUGCGAAGAUGUACGUAUUUGGUGUUGGACGAGGCCGAUCGAAUGUUGGACAUGGGAUUCGAGCCUCAGAUCCGUAAGAUAAUUGAGCAGAUAAGGCCGGACCGUCAGGUGUUGAUGUGGUCGGCAACUUGGCCGAAGGAGGUGCAAGCGUUGGCAGAAGAUUUCCUGACAGAUUAUAUUCAGAUAAACAUAGGUUCGUUGACAUUGGCAGCGAAUCACAACAUCCGUCAGAUAAUCGAGAUAUGUCAGGAGCACGAGAAGGAGCAAAAGUUGUCGAGUUUGUUGAGAGAGAUCGGCUGCGAUCGUGGAAACAAAACGAUAAUAUUCGUCGAGACGAAAAAGAAAGUGGACGACAUAACGAAAGCGAUAAAACGUGAGGGAUGGUCGGCGAUUUCGAUACACGGUGACAAAUCCCAGCCGGAGCGAGAUUACGUGCUGACGGAAUUCCGUAACGGAAAAACUCCGAUUCUGGUAGCCACGGAUGUUGCCGCCCGUGGUUUGGACGUGGAGGAUGUUAAAUACGUUGUGAAUUUCGAUUAUCCAAACAGUUCGGAGGAUUAUAUCCACAGGAUAGGUAGAACGGGGCGUUGUCAAGCCGCUGGUACGGCGUACGCAUAUUUCACACCGAACAACGCGCGUCAAGCGAAAGAACUGAUAUCCGUGUUGGAGGAAGCUGGACAAGCGAUAAAUCCUCAAUUGGCGGAAUUGGCUAAUUCGCAACGCAAUCAAUUCGGCAAAGGACGUCAACGUUGGAGCAUUGCGAGAUCGGUGACUAAUCCGAAAGACGGAAUGGGCAACGGAAGUCCGAGGAGUAAUUCGAGCCCCACGGGAAGCGGCUACGUCGGCGGUGGAACCGGAAGUUGGCACAAUCAGCACAACUCGAUGCAUGAUCGUGGAGCGAUGAUGAGACAGAACAACGGCUACGUAAACAAUCGUCAAAACUCUUAUCAAAACGGCUAUCACCAACAAUCCCAACAACAUCAACCGAUGAAUCAACAUCAUCAGCAACAAGUUCAACAACAGCAACAACAGCCUCGCCACAUCAACGGAUAUCCCCAAAACGGCUAUCAAAACGGUGGCAAUGGUUAUCAACAAAAUGGCUCCGGUGGACCAAGAUAUCAAGGACGCACGGGCAACAGUGGUGCCGGAAACGGUGGCGGAUAUCAAGGCAGCCGUAUCAACAAUCGUCAAAAUCAAGCCUACGGAGCGACCCCCAAUGGCCAAGGAAUGUACUCGAUGCCACCACCCUUCAUCAUGCCAUCCGGUGGCCACACCGACACGAGUAUACAGAGCCUCGUGAAUAACAAAUUCUUCCAGACGAACAGACCACCACCACCGCCUGCGAAUCCCUGCGCCUAUCAAUCCAUGAGCUACGGACAAUUCCAGGCAGUACCACCUUACGGUUACCCUUACCCACCGACACCCGUUCAGCAGUGACGCUUCACACGAGGUAAAUCAGUCGUCGGGGCUUGCGUCAAAUAAUUUGGCAAAAGGUAACUGGGCGGGAAAGAGCAGUGAUUAAAUUAAACAUUUCUUUGACUAUAUCGAAAUGGAAGAAAAUACAAAAAAAAAUAAAUAAGGGGGAAUAAAAAUAAGAAAUACGUUUAAUUGAUGCACGAAAUAAUUCGCAAAGAAAUCGUAACGACACGUAAGAUAUUCGCGAGUCCCUCGAACCGCGUCCAUCAAUGAGAAAUAUAAAAGAAAUACAAAAUAAUAAUAAUAAUAAUAAUAAUCACUAUUAUGGAACGGUGGUAUUUUUUUCGAAAACAUGUUUUUAAAUGUAAUUGUUUGUUUAAACUAUAAUUUUUUUUUUUCCUUAACUUUUUCUUUCUUAAUAUCGUAUCUUUCUGGAAUGCUGCCGAAAAUGCUUUUGAGUGUCGAUUUUUUUUUUGUUUAUACAAUCCGCGUAUUAACGAGAUAGCGAUAGAGAAAAACGAACGAUGAUUCGAGUAAAACGGAUCGUUGAAGAAAAUCGUUUUUUUUUUCCUUUCGUCGGAUAUAAGAUUGAAACGAUCGUUUUGUUUUUAGGGUCGUCGGGCGGGAGGGGGGGGGGGGGGGGGGGGAAGAAAAAUCUAUAUUUUUUUCACGGGACACUUGAGAGUAAGCUUUUUUGCACAAUAAUGCGCGUGUAAUAAUAAAAAUAAAAAAAAACGAUAAUUGUGCCGGAACGUUUAAUUCCUCAUCGAUUUUUUACAAGGGAGGGGGAAUAAAAACGUAAAGAAAAAAAAUCUUUGCGAUUCGAUAUUCCUUGAAUCGAGGAUUAGGGCACAUUCCAGAAACGAGUCUUGAUGUAGCGUUUAGCUUGUUAGUUGAGGGUAAUAUUGAUAUCUAAUAUUAAUAAUGUUUAAAGUAUGAGCAGAAAAUAUGAAGAUCGAAAGAACGACAAGAAUUAAUGGUGAAAAAUGAAUUGAAAAAAAAAAAAGAAAAAACGAGAGAGAAAGAAAGAAAUAAAAAGACUCAUACAGAAUAUUUGGUCGUGGCCACGAAUGUAGUUAAACGAUGGUCAUUCAUAAUGGUAUUUGAAUAGUAAUCUCCUUGCGAAAAAAAAACUAUGUAUACUUACCUGUAUGCUUUUCUGAAAUGCACGAAACAUAUAGAAGGGGCGGGGACGUAGGGGAAUGUUGAAUGGGUGGGUUAGUUUAAUAAUUUAUGAUUUAUUUAUAUAUAUAUGUGUUUCUCUCGCGUAAUGCAGAUAAAGCUCCACGAAAGAAAGAAAAAAGAAAGGAAAUAAGUGAAACAAUACAAAAUGAUGAAUAAAAUGAUGAAAAAACGUUUGAAAGAGAUGAAAGAAAAAAAUGAGAGAAGAAUAAUAAGAGAUAAAGAGAAUAACUCGAAAACGAGAAACGAUUAUAAAUUGGCCUUUUGCAUAAAAAUAAAGCCGUGCGCGCACCCAUGCUCGAUUGACAGAAGGGAGACAAAUGAAAAACACGAGAAAAACUAAUAACGCUCGUGUAGAGUUUGAAAUACACGUGUGUUUACCAUGACGAUUUGAGUCUCUGGAUUUUUCGCCACUCGACUUAUUCACGAAAUAUUCGAAAUUGCUAUGCCCCCGGUGCAUUUUUAUUAAGGCAUCUGAAGAGGCAAAUGGGUCCAUAUUAAAUAUAGGACUACGAAUAAUAGGAGAAGGCGAUCAGAUAAAUUUUGUUUUUGCUUCAUUGUCACGAUUAGAACAAACAAUAAGAACAAAGAUGGAUUUGUACGUGCAAAAAUUGGAAAGAUCGAAGAAGAGGGAGAGAGAGACUAAACGCGAUAUAAUUCUUGAAAAAGGGGGCGCCGCCGUAGUCACAUGGCUGUGCAUGACAGAGCAAAGCUCAGUAUCUUAUUUUUGUAUGGUUAAAUCAUUCGUUGAUCGUAUCAACGAACGAUUAAUAGUGAAGAGAAAAUAAGAGUGAGAAAGCAAGCUAGAGAAGACAAAAUUUAGAGAAGACGUAAUAAAAAUAACGAGUUUAUUGAACGAAGGACAAGAAAAUUGUUUAAUAAUUAUGCAAUUGGCCAUCGAGUGGCCUCUCACCCUUUUUUUACGCAAAAUGUCGUGCAGGCACGUGUGCAGGCUGCAAUAAGGCUGAAAUAAAAUAGAAAAGAGUGAAUUCUUGAGAGAGAGAAAGAGAGAGAGAGAGCGAGUGAGAAAGAAAAUAAUAAGCAAACAAAUGAAUCAAAGAGAAAUCUCGUUGUCCGUUUGUUUUUCUGAGUUUAACUGCAGAGCGAGUUGAAUUUCGACCACUUUUACGUUUAGUCAUUAAAGAAGAGGGGAAUUUGAAGUUGAUGAAAAAAAAAUAAAUAAAUAAAUAAAGCAAAACGAUACUAAACAAAUCGAAGAUUAUAUGAAGAAGAAAUGAAGAAACAAACACGAAGUAACACAAGCAUUACUUACGAAUGUUUGUAAGCUGUCUAUUAAUUACGAAAAUGAAAGACAAACAUGAUUAAUAAUAUUACUCGCGAAUUAUUACCGAAUACUACUGCAAUCAAUAACGAAAUAACGAUGCAUCUAAACUUAACCUAUACGCAACUAUUAAAUACUAUGAGAUGAAGAAAAUGAAGAACAAAAAGAUGUAACACAUUACGAGGCUAGCAGUCCGCGCGUGCACGUUUCAAAAACACACGUUCUUAUAAGCUCAUACUACAGGGGGACGGGAAACUAAACAUGUAUUAAUUAAUGAAUAUAACAAGGAGAAAACCGUGAAAAAAUAAGAUUUAAAGCGUGAAAAACAUUUAAAGUGAGAAACUCAAAAUUCUCUAUGAUUUUUUUCAAUCAAAGAGACCGAAGACAAAUCUCGAGCGUAGUUCACACUACCGUAUUUUCCCCUUCAAUUUUCUUCGUUUUUUCUUCCGUUCAUUAUUUCUCGUAAGUAACUCCAAGAACCGCCAAUUUUGCUCGAGUAACGAGACAAAAACGAGCAAUUGUGCUUGAUAUCGUGCCACCUCCCGAAACACUUCGCACGAAACGUAUAAAUACUAUCUAAUAAAUAUAUUGAGUGCACAUUCGUCAAUGCUCGAUCGUGAUUUUUUUCUGAUAUAUACAAGCACGUAUAUAUACAUAAAUAUACAUAUUUUUUUAUAUACGUAUGUAUGUUUAUAUACGUCAUGAAUUAUGUGUAUCCUUUCAUUAGUAAUAAUUCAAAUGAAUUGAGUUUUCUACGUCCGGAUCUCGUAAGAUUCGAAGAAAAAAUCACCUCCACGAGAAUAUAAAAAUGGAAUGAAAAAAGGAAGGAAAAUAAGAUCGUCAAGUAAAAGUUUCGUUCGGUUUUCGUCACCUUCAAUCGUUUUAUUAUUCUCUUCACAUUAUCUUUAUUGUAAUUGUUAUUAUUAUGAUUAUUAUUAGCAAACUCUGUUUUUUUUUUCUUCGUAUCGUACUACGUGUAACGUUGUAACUGUAUCGGUUACAUACUUCGGUGUAAUGUUACUCGAAUCGCGGUUCCUCUACGAAUAAAGAGAAGAGAAUAAAUUGAGAAUAUAGAAGAAGAGCGAGAAACACGGAGUAUCUCGUUUUUGUAUAACGAGUCAAGAAAUCUCUUCGUCCCGCCCCCGAUCUACGAGAGCCCAUUGAUUUAAUAAAACGUGUUUUGUGCCCCCUCCCUCCCCCGCCCCUUCUCGCCGACCCAGUCGCCCCGCCGCCGUUCUCCGCGCGAAUCGUUCGGAAUUUGGUCCCUACACGAGAAACACCCCAUUUUCGAUGUUCGCGAGGCUCGAAAGAAUAAAAGAUUUUUGUUUUUGUUUUCCGUUUGACAGUGCGCCUCGGGCGUUUCGUCUCGAUCGACGAAAAAUCGAGGAUAGAGUGUGAUUAUUAAAAAGUUGUAAAAUUUUCAUUCAGAUAAAUGAAUAACCGAGCGUCGAAAAAGUCUGGAGGCUCCCGCACAUUUGUGUAUACCCGCUAUCGAGUAUUUCCGUGGUACCGUUUUCGCCCGCGCACAGACACGCGUCUCACCACCUCCGCGACGUCCCAGUUGAGUGUAAUAAUUUAGGUGGGGAAGAAAUUGAGCGAAGGGGGAUUUGAAAAAUCGUAAUUUCAUUGGACCCUUGAAAUUCUGCAGAAAUCUGAAACCCUCGACCUCCCGAGGGCACGCUUCGUAUUCGCUCAUUCGUCAAUUCAUUUUUCGUAACCUUUCACCGACUUAACACCGAGAAUCUUCUGUACCGUCGAGAACACGAUAAUUCAUUGGAAAUGAAUAGAAACGGAAGAACAUUUUUUUUCAACGAAACUUUAGCACGACGCGCGGUUUCACAGUCGUAUCGAUAGCGGGUGUGCGCGUAGUUCUGUGAUAUGUAAGAUGUAGGCACAUAGAUGAGAAUGAUUUACGAAAAAUCCACUGUUCUAUUGUGCAACAUGAUCGAUGAAAAAAAAAAAAAGAAUAAUAACGUAUAUAUAUAGGGAACGGUAUCUCAUCAAUUUUAUAUAUGUGGUACAAUCAUAUCAUGUUUAUUCUCGAUGCAAAUCCUGCUGUUGAAACGGGGCAAAAAAAAGGGGAGCGGCAAAAUAAUAAGGAAGCGGAUAAAUGAGUUAAAGUGUUAAAUAAAAAAUGAAGUAACAGACGAUGAUUGAGACAUUCAUUUCGCGAGAGUCCUCCCACAAGACAAAUCGACAAGUUUAAUAAAGCGAUUCACAAAUGAUAGGUCCAACGAAAAGAAAAAUCAUUUUCAAACGAGGUGGUCGAAAUAUUUAUGACGAGAAAUGAAAAGAAAAAUAAAGUAAUAAAAGUGGGGCAAAGACGAGGAUUGUAAACUCUUCUUAAAUGAUAAUUCUCUUAUUGAACAUCGAUCGUUAGGGGAUUUACAGAAGAAACUGCUGUAGCUAAACUAGCUGAAAAAAAAAAACAAAUUAUUUUUCAAUAUGAUAAAUUGAAACGAAAUAGUUUCUCGCUAGGAAAAAAGAAACAAAAACAACAACAAGUUACAACAAAUAAGUGAAACAAGUAUUACUAUUUGUCAGUAAGAAAUUAUUUUCUUUCAACUUGUAGGAGAUAUCUCGUACUCGAACAAAAGUCCCCCUAUCGUGCACACGACGAAAAGAAAACUGAAACUUCACACUUUUACACUCACACAACGCCACACUCACACACACACUGAAGUGCGACAGCGCAAUUAGCGUGUUGCGAACUGAUGAGAAAGAUAGGCGUGCUUGUUGAAAGCAAAGAAAAUGGGAUAAACGAAAGAUGAGAAAAAACUUAGUAUUUCCAUGAAAUUUCGAACUCAAGCUUCGAUGAGAAUGAGAAUUUCGUGUUUAUGAAAGAGAGAAUAAAAACGCCCGAAUUUUUCAUCCGAAGCUGCAAUUGUGCACGUCGAAAUGAGCAUUGGUCAUUCUAAUUAAAUCCGCCAAAAAACAAACUUUAAACGAAUACGAGAAGAAUAAGAAGUGCAUGAGUAAAAUAAUGAUUUUGGUGCGCGUUGAUUGUCGCCUCUCAGUAAAAGCCGGUGGAAGUUAUGAUUCAUAUUGUCCAACGAGAUUGACGAAUUGCUAAUGAAACUCGAGUACCUUCAAUAAACAUUAUGCUGAGCUCUGUGAUAUCGCGUACAUUAAAAGAAGAAGAAAAAAACAUAAUAAUGAGAGAGAGAGAGAGAAAAAAAAAGAAACUUUUUUAAUUAUUCUAAACGUAAAAAUACGCAUAUUGUAAUGUUAACGAAGUAAUUAUCUCCUUUAUACAAGACUGAAGUAAAGAAAGAUGAGGAAGAAGGAAAGAGAGAGAGAGAGAGAGAGAGAGAAAGGGAGUGGGAAUACAAAAGAAAACGAGAAACAAAACCACUCGCCAAUUUGUAUACGAGUUUAGCAGCAACAAGUACACGUUCGCAUACUGUAAAAUUAAUAACGAAGAUAAACAAAGGAAAAAAAUAUCGAUCUAAUUGUACAUCUCGUUAUCUCAGAACACAAUAUAUUUUAUAACGUUAUUCGUACGCCUUCUUGUAAAAGAGACUGAAGACAAAAAAAUGAUAUUGAAUUAGCACCGUUGAAAUGAACGUGAAAGUGUUUUUUCGGUUAGCUUUAUUUUUUUUUCAUAAUUUCCAAAUUUUUCUACUCUUACCAGACCGCUUGGAGAAAGUUUAACGAAUUUUCGUAAUUUUUCACAACUGCAAGUUUUGAGCACUGCUCAUAGGAAAGAAAACAAGUUUCAUCGCAUUUUUACGAUGCUGAAUUCAAUUCCAUUACGAUAAAAAAAAAAAAAAUAAAAAAAAAACGUUAUCGAAGGUGCGAAUACCGAAAAGGCUAUAAAAUAAUAUUGCGUUAUAUCUCUCGAUAAUGAAACAACUUUUGGUCUUGUACAAUUAAAUAUUGAGAAACGAAAAAGUAAUGUCUUGCCGAUCACUGUUCGGUUUUUAUUUCGUUGCACUCUCUUUAUAUAAAUACACAUAGACAAACACACGAAUGCAUAAGUUUUUUGCAAAAGUAUGAAACUUCCCUCAUUGGCACGGCCAACCUCGUUGCUCGGUUGAUCCGAUCAUUUUUCGACGUUCGAUAGAAACAAAUUUUUUUAACGUAUAAAAAGUAUAUAAGAAACGGCGGACAAUCUUAGAUUAGUUUUGAAAAAAAAAAAUAAAUAAAUAAAUAAAUACAAAAAAGCUCUCCGAAUGAGUUUUUUUCUUAUAACGAUUAAAUUAGUUACUUGAGUUUUGUAAAUCAAAAGAUUCUGGCUUUUUUGUCUCUCACGCGAAUUAUCAAAUGAAAAUGAAAAAUAAAAGAAAUAAAAAAACGAAACUAAACAAAUGAUGUUUCGAUAAAACAAAUUGUACUAUAAUCUCAGCAGUGUGCUGAUUGUGUGCUAUGCUACUAGAUUCCAACUCCUACCUUUCUCGUGCGUGUGUGACACACUAUAGACACAACAGCGCGCCACGAAUAACAUUGGCUCUGUUUCAUUUUGAAAAAAGAUGAAAAAGAAAACAAAGAAAUGAUGAAUUUGAAAAAGUAAACGUACACGAGAGCUGACAAAAAUGAGCGAAAAUAUUACAUUCGAAAGUAGUACCUGUGCAUCGUUGCGACAAAAUAUUCUUUACUCUGUUCAAUAUUAUAAUUGUCUAAUUUGUGUGUGUACACGAGAGAGCGUCGAUUUUCUCGGGGAUUUCUUUAUAAUGAUAAAUCUCUUAAGGAAAUUCAGUUUACUUUCUCUUUUUUAUUCUGUUCGUCCAUUUUUCGUUCAAUUAUCAUUUUUCCUUAUUUUUUUUAUUAUUAUAAUUUUUGUUUUCCGAGGCCCGUUCAGCGAGUACUCUCUCUGUAUCUCUGGAAAAAAAAAAGAAAAAAUGUACAACGAUGUGGUGAUUUUUGCGAUCGGCUAGAAAAAACAAAAUGCUUCGCGUAGACAUGUGUCGUUUUCUCUUGAGAAUAAAUGUUAAGAUUUUCGAGUAAAUUGAAGAAACAAAUAAUUUUUUCAAGAUCGACUCUGACAGUGAGGUUUUGGCUCACAAACUUCGAGUUGAAAAUUUUGUGUUGGUUUUUUAAAAUUUUUCUUACUAUCGUACUAAAUUAUUUCGGACUACUUGUUUGGUCCUAAAUAGUUUUCACUACAAGUCCUGCUUGAUUAAUAUUUAAAGGAGUUAUCAAGGAAGAGCACAUGUUUUUUCUCAAGUGCACUCACUAACACGACUAUUGGGAACGUUGUAUUUAGCUAGAAUCUAGUCAAAAUUAUUGUAAUGUCACUUCUGUUCGUGGUUUUAUUGUUUUCAUUUCGUCUCGUUGGAAUUAAGCUUAAAACGAGACGUUCGAUAGAAUCGUCAGAAUGCAAAAGAAAACCUCGUUUUUUUGCUCGAGAUGAUUCUCAAGACGUAUAUGUAUCGUAUAAUGUGACAUUUAGUAAGGUCGUCUCAGGUCUGCAAGAAAAAGAAAAAAGACAAUACGUAAACAAGAGACUUGUUGAAAGAAGAAAAUAAUCGAGAUGAUCUUUUUCCUAUUUUUUAAUUUCUCGUUUUCGAAGGAGCCGCCUUCGUCGAAUUCUCGUUGAGCAGCCGAUAAUUUGCUCAAUACAAUCAAACUCCUGAAAAGUGAUAUUAUAAGUAUAAAAAAAGGAAACGAGAUUAAAGAAAAACGAGGUAUUUCUCGUGUGUAAAAAAAAAUUAACAAACUUGGAUAAGUUUUUAUAUUUGAUACUAGUUUACGAUAUGCAAGAAUAUUUCAAUGAAACCCAAUGAAUUUUUGAAGUUAAGGAAAUAAAAAGCACAUGAGUUUUCGCGAUAAUGUUCCCUGGUCGUUGUCCGAGUGUUUAUUCCAGUUAUACUAUUAAAUUUUUCAAAGAUGCGAGAGAGAGAGAGAGAGAGAAAUGAUUAUUGUAAAGGAGCCUAUUUAUUUUUUGACCAUGACAUAAUUUCAGGAAGACAGAAAGAGAGAGAGAAAACAACGUGAUAUUAAGCAAUGUGUACGUGGUAAUAUGAAUAUAACAGCCGCAGCCCUCGCUGAGAACUACAUUUAAAAAAAAGAGGUUUAUGCCCCUCGCAAACCGUUAAAAGAAAACACUUAUUGCCCCAUAAUAAGUAGUCACGUUAUUUAAACACGAAUUAUCAUUUUUUUCAAACGUAAAACAAAGGAGACAAACUCGUUAAUAAUACUAAGACCCCCGGAAGUAAGAAUGUUGGACGAAAAAAAGUAACAAUUAAAUAAUUAAAGAGAAAAAAAGAAACAAUAAGGAAAUACUGCUCUACAUUCAAAUUCUCUUCUGUAGGUUUCACUAAAGUGCAUUUCUUGUAUGUUAUACAGUAUUAUGAUAGAAAAUAAAAUGAUAAACCUAUUGCAA